AUGCCCACAAACGGAAUUAACAGGGCCCUGAAGCUGCAGUUUGGCCUCAUUAACUAUGAGAACCGCUACCUGACCGCUGAGGCCUUUGGCUUCAAGGUGAAUGCCUCGGGCACCAGCAUGAAGAAGAAACAGAUCUGGACCUUGGAGCAGGACGAGCAAGAUAGCCAAGUAGUGUUCCUCCGCAGCCACCUGGGACGCUACCUAGCCUCUGACAAAGAUGGGAAGAUCUUGUGUGGGGCUGAGAAGCCUGACCCCGACUGCCGUUUCCUUAUCGUGCCCCAAUCUGAUGGUCGAUGGGCAUUGCAAUCGGAGCCUUACCUGCGUUACUUUGGAGGUUCGGCUGACUACCUGUCCUGCUUUGCCCAAGUCGUUGGAGAACAAGAGCUGUGGGCCGUCCACUUGGCUUUACACCCACAGGCCAGUCUGCUAAGUGUGGCACGAAAGCGCUAUGCCCAUCUGUCUUCCUCAGAUGGAGAGAUCUCUGUGGACAGCAACAUUCCCUGGGGAGUGGUCUCCCUCGUCACCUUGGUCUACCUAGACGGCAAGUACAGCUUGAAGACCUGUGACAGCCGUUUCCUCAGCAAUGAUGGCAAACUGGUGAAGGAGAACAACAAUAAUACCAGCUUCACCCUGGAGCUGAAAUCUGGCAAGUUGGCCUUUAAGGACUGUGAUGGGAAAUAUCUGACCCCAGUGGGUCCCACAGGAACGCUGCGUUCAGGUCGAUGCUCCAAGCCUGGAAAAGAUGAGCUGUUUGAUCUUGAGGAGAGUCAUCCACAAGUAGUUUUCCAAGCGGCCAAUAAAAGAUUUGUCUCGGUCAAGCAAGGAGUGAGUGUUUCAGCCAAUCAGGAUGUGGAGACAGACAUGGAGACCUUCCAGAUGGAGAUUGAUAAGGAGAGCAAAAAGGCAUUGUUCAGAACCAAUGGUGGAUCCUACUGGACUCUAGUGUCUCACGGAGAGAUCCAGUCCACUGCUACAGAAGUAGAGAUCAACACAAUGUUUGACAUUGAAUGGCGAGGACAGAGGGUGGCACUCAAAGCAAGAAAUGGAAAGUAUGUGUGUACAAAGAAGAAUGGGCAGCUCUCAGCGGUCAGUGAUACAGUGGGUAAGAGCUUUGCAGCAAGGUGCUUGACAUCAAUUCAUCUGUAUUUGUCCUUCUCUGCAGGUGACGAUGAAUUGCUCCUGAUGAAACUCAUCAACCGCCCCAUGCUGAUCCUCCACGGAGAGAAUGGCUUUGUGUGUCACCACAAGAGCUCCAACACUCUGGAUGCUAAUCGAUCUGUCUAUGACAUAUUCUCAUUGAUCUUCAACGAUGGCGCCUACAACGUAAAAAGUGUGAGUGGAAAGUUCUGGUACGUUUCUAGCAGUGGCCUAGUGUGCUCAGAUGGAGAGAAGCCAGAGGACUUUUUCCUUGAGUUCCUGGAACACGGACGCGUCGCCAUCAAGGGCUCCAAUGGCAAGUACCUUCGUGGAGACCAGGGAGGCACUCUUAUGGGUGAUGGUACAUCUGUUGAUGCAUCUUCUCUCUGGGAAUAUUAAUCCCUUCA